GUGCUCUUGAGUAGUUUUAUUUACUAAAAAUAGGAUCUUGGUUAAAUAUGCUGCUACUUUUGUGCUUAGAUCUCUAGAGGUGGCUAAGUUUUUGUGUUCUUCAUUGCAUUUCAAUUCAUUUACUGCUUUCUCCUUUCUGGUGUCAGUUGAAAAAUAGUUUCUUUGGGAGAAAAAUGGUCCCUUGAAGCUGCUCUAUACUAAAAAAGGUUUAGACUUUAUCUUUGUUUGGUGGCAAAAGUGCUAUUUUGAUUAAUAACUCUUAGUGGGGGGUUGUCGUUGUUUGCAUUUGUGCUUCAAAAAAUCAUUGUUUUGCUUGCUAAAGCGGCUACUUUCACCAGGCCAUUGCACAAGAUAUCAUUAUUUUGUCUUUUGUUUCACUGUGUGUAAGUCUUGCAAGUUGAGUUCCGCUUCUUUCAAUUUGUGGGCUUGAAGUUUGAACACGCCAUUUCUGUCUCCACAUUGAGCUUUCUUUCUUUCUUUCUUUCUUUCUUUCAUUUGGUGUGAAGAAGAAGAUAAUAGUAAAGAUUAGCAUGAAGUUCUGUGGGGUUCUUUUGCUGUCCCUACUUUUUCUCUCUGCCAUGGGGCAGCUUCCUUCUCAAGACAUUUUGGCUCUGCUUGAAUUCAGAAAGGGUAUCAAGCGUGAUCCCACUGGUUAUGUCCUAGAUUCUUGGAAUGAUGAGUCCAUAGACUUUGAUGGCUGCCCAUCUUCUUGGAAUGGAAUUGUCUGCAAUGGUGGAAAUGUCGCCGGCGUUGUUCUCGAUAACUUGGGCCUCUCUGCAGAUGCAGACCUGAGUGUAUUUGCCAAUCUCACAAAACUUGUCAAACUUUCCAUGGCCAACAACUCAAUCACUGGUAGAAUUCCAGACAACAUUGCUGACUUCAAGAGCCUUGAAUAUCUUGAUCUCUCCGGUAAUCUUUUCUCCUCGUCCUUACCGGCUGGGAUUGGCAGAUUAGGGAGCUUAAGGAACCUCUCAUUGGCCGGUAACAACUUCUCCGGCUCGAUCCCGGAUUCGAUUUCUGGGCUGUCCUCAAUCCAGUCUCUGGACUUGAGUGGCAAUUCCUUCUCCGGGCCGCUGCCGGAUUUGCUGGCAAGGCUGUCGAACUUGGUCUAUCUCAACCUGUCAUUGAAUGCCUUCACCAAGAGAUUCCCAAAAGGGUUUGAGCUGAUUUCGGGUCUUGAUGUAAUUGACUUACAUGGGAAUAUGCUUGAGGGUCAUCUAGAUUUGGAGUUCUUUCUCCUAGCAACUGCCACUCACGUCGAUUUCAGCGGCAAUGUGCUUACUAGUUUGCAGCAAGAGAAGUUUUUAUCUCGCAUUUCGGAUACUAUCAAGUACUUGAAUCUUAGCCAUAACCGGCUUACUGGCUCACUUGUCAGUGGUGGUGAGCUCUCAAUAUUUGAAAACUUGAAGGUGUUGGACCUUAGCUACAAUCAGCUUUCCGGUGAGCUCCCAGGAUUUAGUUUUACCUAUGAUCUCCAAGUCCUCAAGCUCAGUAACAACAGAUUCACGGGAGAUAUUCCUAACAACCUGUUGAAAGGAGAUUCUCUGGUUUUGAAUGAACUGGAUUUGAGUGGCAACAAUCUCUCAGGACCGAUAAGUAUGAUCACAUCGACAAACUUGCGUGUCCUCAAUCUUUCAUCGAAUGUGCUUACCGGGGAGCUACCAUUGUUGACUGGAAGCUGUGCUGUACUUGAUCUAUCAAACAAUGAAUUUGAAGGAAAUUUAACCAGGAUGUUUAAGUGGGGAAACAUUGAAUUUCUCGAUUUGAGCCAGAAUCGUUUGACAGGGCCCUUCCCUGAGGUAACCCCACAGUUUUUGCGUUUGAAUUAUCUCAAUCUCUCACAUAAUUCACUUAGUAGUUCCCUGCCAAGUGUUAUAACUCAGUAUCCGAAGCUUAGAGUCCUUGAUCUCAGUUCCAACCAGUUGGAUGGACUGGUUCUAUCUGAUUUGCUAACAAUGCCAACCUUGCAAGAGCUCCACCUAGACCAUAAUUUGCUUACUGGCUCUAUCAAGCUGUCGUCUCCUUCACCGAGUGAUUCUAAUCUUCACAUUCUCGAUCUUUCGCAUAACCGGCUUAGUGGCUAUUUUCCUGAUCAACUCAGUUCAACUCCAAUUCAAGUGCUUAAUAUUGCAGGAAAUAACUUUUCUGGUUCUCUGCCAACUUCGGUAACCGACAUGAGCUCCCUAAGCUCAUUAGACAUAUCAGAGAAUCAUUUUACAGGUCCUCUGCCAAACAAUUUACCUAAUAGCCUUGGAAGCUUUAAUGCUUCUUACAAUGAUUUUACCGGUGUGGUCCCAGAGAUCCUGAGAAAGUUUCCUAGAUCCUCUUUCUUUCCGGGAAAUUCUGGUUUGCGUUUUCCAGGCGGGUCUCCUGAACCAGGAAGUUCUUCAGCUGAAAAGUCCAAGAGAAAGCCACUCAAUACUACUGUUAAAGUAAUAAUAAUAGUAUCUUGUGUUGUUGCCCUGGUCAUUCUUCUUUUGCUUGCUAUCUUCAUACAUUACAUCUGCAUAUCAAGACGACUACCCUCAGAGCACACCAUGAAAAAAGACACCAGCCGACAUGCUCAGCCAAACCCAUCUAGGAUUCGAGGAACAGACACCAGCAGUGCUUUGACUGUUUCAGCCGAGGAUCUUGUCGCAUCACGAAAAGGAUCCUUGUCCGAAAUUAUUAGCUCUGAUGAGAAGGUGGCAGCUAUUACUGGCUUUUCCCCCUCAAAAAGCAGCCAUACGUCUUGGUCACCGGAGUCUGGAGAUUUGCUCACCGCUGAAAGCCUUGCGAAAUUGGAUGUUCGGUCACCAGAUAGGUUGGUGGGUGAGCUUUAUUUUCUCGAUGAUACAAUCACAUUGACGCCUGAAGAGUUGUCGAGGGCGCCCGCGGAAGUAUUGGGGAGAAGCAGCCAUGGGACAUCUUAUAGGGCAACUUUGGACAAUGGAUUGUUCUUGACAGUCAAGUGGCUGCGAGAAGGGGUCGCAAAACAGAAAAAGGAGUUUGCCAAGGAAGCUAAGAAAUUUGCAAACAUCAGGCAUCCAAAUGUGGUGGGUCUGAAAGGGUACUACUGGGGUCCCACACAGCAUGAGAAGCUUAUUCUUUCGGAUUACAUUGCGCCGGGAAGUCUUGCAAGCUUUCUUUAUGAUCGACCGGGAAGAAAAGGCCCGCCGUUACCUUGGGCUCAAAGGCUCAAAAUCGCUGUUGAUGUUGCCCGUGGUCUGAACUAUCUCCAUUUUGACCGAGCCAUUCCACAUGGUAACCUUAAAUCGGCAAAUGUACUGUUAGAGGGGCCUGAUCUCAAUGCCCGCGUUGCCGACUACAGCCUCCACCGCCUAAUGACCCAAGCAGGCACCAUUGAACAGAUUCUCGACGCCGGUGUCUUAGGUUAUUGUGCCCCGGAGUUGGCUUCUUCAAAGAAGCCACUGCCAUCCUUCAAGUCUGAUGUUUAUGCCUUUGGAGUUAUACUCUUGGAGCUUUUAAGUGGAAGGUCUGCUGGUGAUGUGAUUUCGGGUGAGGAAGGAGGCGUCAAUUUGACAGACUGGGUGCGGGUGAGGGUAUCGGAGGGUCGUGGCUCGGACUGUUUCGAUGCUGCAUUUGCCUCAGAAAUGGGGAACCCUGCAGUAGAGAAGGGAAUGAAGGAGGUCCUCGGAAUCGCUUUACGAUGUAUACGAUCUGUUUCAGAGAGGCCAGGUAUCAAGACUAUAUACGAGGAUCUUUCGUCGAUCUAGUUCUUUUUUUUUUCUUUUGAAUCUAACUUAUUUGGAACCUUUUUUUUUUUCUUCCUUUUUUGUGGGGACUUAAUAUCUCAUUGGCCUCCCUUUUGUGUCCUUUUUCUCUUUGUAAUUUCUGAUGUAAUCAGCCAAAGCGUAUUAACCAUUUCUGUAAAAAGGAUAUGCUUGGAUGCAAAUGUUUCAAUUAUUUACGA